AUGAAAGCGAAUUAUAAGUUCUCUAACAUUUGUGGAACAGUAUACUGUCAAGGCAACGUCCUAUUUACCGCUGAUGAAAAUUCGCUGCUGAGUCCAGUGGGUAACAGAGUGUCAUCGUUCGAUCUCCUUAAUAACAAGUCCUUCACUUUUUCUUUCGAAAAUCGCAAAAACAUUGCCAGAAUUGCACUAAGUCCAGAUGGAAAUGUCUUGAUAAGUGUUGAUGGAGAUGGCCGAGCUCUACUAGUCAAUUACAAACGUGGAGUUGUUCUGCAUCAUUUCGAUUUCAAGAAACCAGUCAAAGAUAUAUCUUUUUCGCCAGACGGAAAAUUCAUUGCAGUAACGCAUGGCUCUCAUAUUCAGGUCUGGAAGACCCCCAACCAUCUCGUCCGCGAAUUCGCUCCAUUUGUGCUACAUAGGACCUAUACUGGGCAUAUGGACGAUGUACUUAGCAUUCAAUGGGCCGAAGAUUCCCAAUGUUUCAUAACGACUUCACGAGAUAUGACCGCGCGUCUGUUCACCCUGUAUCCGGUAAAGGACUAUAGACCGAAGACUUUUGCAGGCCAUCGGGAUGUCGUCCUCGGUGCAUAUUUCUCCAAAGAUGGGAACACGAUAUACACUGUCAGCCGCGACGGCGCUGUUUUCACAUGGAAGGGGAAAGUGGAAGCACCGAACUCAGACUCAUUGGAUAAUAAUGAAGAUGACGAUGAUCAGCCUAUUGCAUCUACGUCUAACGGACUCUCUUCUUCUUCCUCAUCCCCACUUUCACACAAAAUCAUACACACUCGCUGGGGCGUGCAUAGACGGGAAUAUUUCAAUGUCCCCGGCAGCAACGUAUCCACGUCUUCUCGCCCAGCAAAGGUUAUCACAACAACCUACCAUGCAUCAUCAUCCCUCCUGAUCGUCGGCUUCAGCACUGGUAUCUUUGGUUUAUGGGAGCUCCCAGCCUUUACUAACCUGCACACUCUUUCGAUAUCCCAAGAAAGUAUAUCCUCCUUAGCCGUCUCACCUUCUGGUGAAUGGCUGGCAUUCGGUGCAGCUCAUCUAGGCCAAUUAUUAGUAUGGGAAUGGCAAAGCGAGUCUUAUAUUCUUAAACAACAAGGACAUUUCCUCGACCUCAACACAUUGACUUACUCCCCUGACGGCCAGACAGUCGCUACGGGGGGUGAUGAUGGAAAACUCAAGCUAUGGUCGAUGCAAUCCUCGUUCUGCUUCGUGACCUUCAACGAACAUUCCGCUCCAAUAACCGGCGUUGCAUUUGCACGAUACGGCACAAACGUAGUGUUCAGCGCAAGCUUAGAUGGUACAGUCCGCGCGUAUGAUCUAGUGAGGUACCGCAACUUCCGUACAUUCACGUCCCCCUCCCCCGUACAAUUUAAUUGCAUCGCUGUCGACCCGAGCGGAGAGGUUGUCGCUGCAGGGAGUAUGGACACCUAUGAAGUGUUCCUAUGGAGCGUUCAAACAGGAAAGCUCCUAGAUAUUCUCACCGGACACGAAGCGCCUGUGAGCACUCUGGAGUUUUGCCCUGAAGGAACGAACCAAUUGGCAAGUGGAUCUUGGGAUCGGAGUGUCAGGGUUUGGAGUGUCUUUGGGCGCUCGCGUGCCUCUGAAGCGUUUACUCUGAAUGCGGAUGUUCUUGCUCUUACUUGGAGGCCCGAUGGGAAGGAAUUGGCUGUCAGCACGCUUGAUGGCCAGAUAACGUUUUUCGAUGUUGCCCAAAGCAAACAAACCAACGUGAUUAACGGUAGAAACGAUAUUUCUGGUGGCCGGUUAACUAGCUCGCGAACCUCUGCGGCAAAUAGCACAGCGGGGAAGAGCUUCAAUAGUCUGGCCUAUACCGCUGACGGAAGGUGUGUUCUGGCUGGAGGGAACAGCAAGUACGUUGUUUUGUACGAUGUUCGAGAGGGGGAGGGCGUUCUGCUACGUAAGUUUACGAUAUCGGAAAACUUGAGCUUGGAUGGGACGGAAGAGUUUUUGGAUUCAAGACGGGUGAAUGAGGCUGGGGUAAAUAUCGACUCACUGAUGAUCGAAGAUGAAGAGGAAGAUGCUGAUAGACGGAGGGUGGACAGCACGUUACCUGGUGCACAAGGAGGUGAUAUGAGUGUACGCAAAUAUAAACGUGCAGCACGUACCAAAUGUGUUCGAUUUUCUCCUACAGGACGUUCAUGGGCUGCUGCCUCAACCGAGGGACUCCUCAUUUACUCUCUUGACUCACUCAACACCGCUGACUUCGAUCCUUUUGACCUCUCCCUUGACCUCACCCCCUCGUCAGUCUUAUCGACCCUCCAUUCGAAAUCCUACUUACCCGCGCUCGUCAUGGCUUUCCGUCUAAACGAGGCUCCUCUUCUUCAGACGGUAUUCGAGGGUAUCCCCAGGGGUGAUAUCAAGCUUCUUGUGAGACAGCUGCCCGUGAUGUAUCUCGGUCCCUUAUUGAGGUUUGUCGGGGGUGUUUUUUUGAAGAGGACCCCGCAUGUGGAGUUUGGGUUGUUAUGGGUACAUGCGGUGUUAAUGAUCCACGGAAGGGUGUUGAGGGCUGGUGGAGGAGCGGUGGGUGGUUAUAGUUCUUCGAAUAUGGGAGGAGAUAUGCCUAGCGUAUUAAGGGUAGUAAAAGCAGCGUUGGGAGAGUGCGAAGAGACAUUGUCCAGGUUAUGCGACCAAAACAUGUCCAACUUAUCCUACGUCGUUGAUCAGAGUAGGUUCUCGAGACUGCGGGAACAACAAGAACGGCAGAGACAGGAUGCGCCAAAGAAAGCUGUGGAAUCAGAGUAG